UUAUUGUACACCCUUUGUAAAUAAGAAUUUGUGCCAAAAUAUUCUCACUUUAGAUCUAGAUUUAGAAUUCCCAAAAAAAAAACCCAGGCCAAGGUUUUCGAAUCUCCAUAGCUCGGAUCAACCAUUCUUAGUUGCCAACAUCUGCUCCCUUCUGCACAAAUCUCACCGCUGUAUCUACCUUUCUCUUUAUCUUUGUUCUGCUCCACCGUCGCGCUGCCACCGGAAAAAGUUUCCUUUUCGCUCCUUCCUCUUCAUCUCUGCUCCUUCACCGGCGAUAGCACGAGUUUGUGAUAUAGGGUAACUUGCAGUGUUUCGAGUUUGUGUCAAAUCAUCAUUUCGAGUUUGUGUCAAAUAAAGAGGGGGCGGAAGAGAGAGAAAGACGCCAAAGUCCUAUUAUGCUCGUUAUUUUACCUUCGCCUCGUCGAUUGCGUGCCUUUUCCUGGUACUGGAGCAUGGACUGGUGCUAUCAUUGCUUCAGUGCUGGACAUGCCCUUUUGUCCUGCUGUAACAACAAAUUUUUUGGUGUGCAUUAUUGGAAUUGCAACUGAACCUAAGGGAGUUUCUUAAAGAAAUUGGGUACAAGGACACUGAUCUUAAUUUGGCUGCUGAUGUGAGCUUUUUUCUAACUGUUCUAAAAUCUGGGCAGAUAUGAGAGUUGCAUUGAUGCAGAAAUACAUCAACAUGCUGUAGAGUAUCUCACUUUGAGUACAGCAUUGUGUAGAGAUGUGGGGGAUUGUUUGACACUGCCGAUGCAUCAAGAUGUUAAACCUUUUGCCGUCAGCUCUUUUUCAUAUCUCACUGCUAGGAAAGAAUCAAGAUAAUUCAGGCUUCUCUUUGUAUAACUAAUGGAAUAAUAAUCCGAAGUGAUUUACUGAUCACGAAAGGAUGGAAGCACUAAGUCCCAUGGAAAUCAUCAAUGCUGAAGAGUUGGAGAAGGAGCGAGAGAGAUGGUCUGAGACGGAGAGUGAGUGGAUUAACUUGGUUGAGAAGGGAGAAUAAAAGCCUUAGAUUACAGCUUAGAGACACUGCUGAGGUUGUUCAAACUGCUGGUGAGCUACUUGUCCGACUCAGAGAAGCUGAGGAAGCUGCUUCAUUUGCUGAGUCGAAUCUCAGUGAUGUUCAGCAAGAGCACGAGAGGUUGAGGAAGCAAAUGGAGAAACAGAAGAACAAACACAAGAUGGAAAUGGUGACGAUGAAACAGUACAUGGCUGAGAAUAAAUUGCCAGAAUCUGCAUUGAGGCCUGCAUUACAAUACGACGAGCCACUUCCCACCAACACUGUCACUGCUCAAGAUGAUGAUGAUGAUGCUUGGAAAGCAGAAUUUGGAGCCAUAUAUCAAGAACACCACCACUACUGAUUACUGAAGUCUGUGCAUUUGAGUUUAGAUGUUGUUAUAUGAUAAUGCCUUUGUUGACCCUUCUUCGGUCAUGGUAGUAUUCUGGUGUGUACAAACCAACCAGAUCAUCUCCAAUUCAGUUGGGGUCACAUUAUGAUGAAUUUGUUGUCAAAUUGCCCAAGAACCAGGAGGCUAGUACCUAGUACCAAUGCAUCAUUACGCUAGUAAUUUUUUUUUGAAAAAUAAAUAUACUAUUUGCAGCGCGCA